AUGGGCGACGUUUCCCCAUUGCUGCUCCACUCUCGCGAACUCGCAGUGUUGAUUUGUGGAUUUGUGGAGCGGAGGUAUAUGCUGCCGCCGGCCACGUUGUCAUGGGACCUUGAACCUCUGGACCCGCCACCCCAGGGCAGGGCCCAUGCGACUGCGGGCCCCCAUGAGCUUAACAUGCAACUGGCGGGACUAGCUCGAGACGGUUUCAGUAUCGUCCGUCACCCACGAGAGCCAGCUGCAAGGGCACGCAUACCAAUUUCAUUUUUACCUUCUAGCCCACCGCUAUCUCUUCACGCCCGCCUCGGGAGCACCUCCGCGGCCGUUGGAGGCAUGGACCCUAUGACAUCGCAAGCGUCAGAGUCCGGUGGAGACACCCUUCCUGCCCCCCCCACCGCGGACUCGGAGGAAGCCGCCCGCGUUGGAGAGAACACUCCCUUCCCUGGUCGCGGCGCGCCGGCCGUUCCGCACCUAUCGAGUGAAGAUGCGAUCACUAUCGAAUGGGGGGGCCUCUCGGACGGUAUCUCUCGGGUGUGGAAGCUCAUCGGAGACAAGCUCCAGCCCUACGGUAGCAGGUUCUCGUUUGUGGGUGAGGUGUUGGAUGCGGAGUUCAUGGUCGUCAUGCAGAGCGCCGUGUUCAGGAAAGGCUACAAGGGUAUGGAGCCGGCAAAGAUACCGCAGUUUAAGGAGGGUGAGCGAGAUAAAGUAGCGAAGAAGCUGGUAGAGGAAGGUACUGAACGUAUAACGUUGCUAUGGUGGCACAUUCGAGCUAGGGAUGUUGUGCCAAUUGAGGGGACGCGGAGCACGUAUGAGGACGACGAUACGAUAAAUCGAUACUCGUUCGGCGGUCAAGGUAGAGACAAGACGACCAAUGAGUGA